AUGGCGAAACAAGUGACCAAAAAGGUAUCCAAGAAGGACUUGAAGGCUAAGAAGGUCGACAAGAAGGCCGAAAAGAAGGCAGCUGUCGAAAGCUCCUCUUCGUCUUCAUCGUCUUCUUCUUCAUCUUCUUCUUCUUCUGAAUCGGAAAGUGAUUCUGAAAGCUCUUCUUCGUCCUCGAGCAGCGACGAGUCUGAAGUUGAGGAGAAGCCUAAAUCCAAAAAAUCUGUUGAAAAGAAAGAGACUUCCAGCUCGUCCAGCUCGGAUUCCGACAGUGACUCCGGUAGCGAAUCGGACACCGAAUCUAGCGACUCGGACUCCAGCUCUAGCUCUGAAAACGAAUCUGAAGACGAAAAACCCGCUAGCAAAGAAACCGUGAAAAAGCCAGUCAAGGCUGAAAUUGCCGUUUCCAAGAGCUCCUCCUCUUCGAGCGACUCUGAUUCCGAAUCCAGCUCUUCGUCCUCGUCUUCUUCUUCUUCUUCUUCUUCUUCUUCUUCUUCUUCGUCGUCUUCGUCCUCGUCUUCUUCCAGCGAAUCCGACUCUGAGUCCGAUGCUGAAGCCAAGACUUCUUCCAAGAAGCGUAAGGCAGAGGAUUCGUCUUCUUCGAGCUCGGCCUCUUCUUCCGAAGACUCUUCUGAAAACACCCCAGAACCAAAGAAAGCUAAAACCGAAUCUAGCGGUGAACCAGCCACUCUUUUCGUUGGUAGACUCUCCUGGAGCAUUGACGACGAAUGGUUGAAGACCGAAUUCGAACACAUCGGCGGUGUCGUUGCCGCUCGUGUCAUCUACGAAAGAGGUACCGACAGAUCUCGUGGUUACGGUUACGUGGACUUCGAAGACAAGAGUUUCGCCGAAAAAGCUUUGAAGGAAAUGCAGGGCAAAGAAAUCGACGGCAGACCUAUCAACUGUGACAUGUCCACCAGCAAGCCUGCUGGCAACCCAAGAGCAGACCGUGCUCAGAAAUACGGCGACACUCCAUCUCAACCUUCGGACACUUUGUUCUUGGGUAACUUGUCUUUCAACACUGAAAGAGACAACGUUUUCGAAAUCUUCUCCGAACACGGUGAAAUUGUUUCCGUUCGUCUCCCAACUCACCCAGAAACUCAGCAGCCCAAGGGUUUCGGAUACGUGCAGUUUUCAUCUGUGGACAGUGCUCAAAAGGCGCUGGACGCUCUACAGGGCCACUACAUUGACAACAGACCUGUGAGAUUGGACUUCUCUACCCCAAAGCCUCCUCAAGACGGUAACCGUGGCUUCCGCGGCGGUCGCGGCGGUGCUGGUGGUCGCGGCGGUGCUGGCGGUCGCGGUGGUGCUGGUGGUCGUGGUGGAUUCAGACCUUCCGGUUCUGGUUCCAACUCCUCUCCAUUGGGCAAGCCAAGACAAUCUGCUGCUUUCCAAGGUAACAAGAAGAAGUUCGAUUAA